GGGCGUCCCAAGUGGAGUCAAAUGGGGGGAUCCGCCCGGGACCAGGAGAUUUGGGAUCGGUGGGACCGGGGCAUUUGGAAUCCGUGGGAUUGGGAACCGGGACCUUUGGGCACCCCCAAAACUCCUCCCUGCCCCUCCCGAGGGUCCCGCCGAGCCCCAGUACCGCCGGAACGGGCGCCCACUUUGAGUUUCCCACAGGAACUCGCCUUUCCCCCAGCGAUUUGGGUUGUUUUUGUUGUUUUUUUUCUGGAGUCUCUGCAUGGCACGAGGGGGUCCCCACAUUAAUUUUGCUGAUUUUAACCCCCCACCCCAAAUUUUCCAGCCGCUCUCCUCGUGGCUCUGCCUCACGCGGACUUGGUGAUUUUAAUUAUUUUUAAUUAUUUUGAUUUUGAUUGUGAUUAUUUUGAUUUUUAAUCCGUCCGGAUCAGCUUAGGCCCCCUGCUUCCCAUCGGGGAAUUCCAACAAUCCCAAUUAAUUCCCUGCCGGCUUCGGGCUGUUGGGGACAGGGAGGUGACACCGGGAGCCUGGGGUGGCACCGGCUGGUGACUCACCGUGCCUCAGUUUCCCCACGUCAACCCACGGUGACGCUGUGCCUCAGUUUCUCCAUGAAACUUUUGUGGCGUCUUUUUUAUGGAGUCUCCAAGGUUCUUGUGAGGUCUCCAAAGUUUUUUUGGUGGGGUCUCCAAGUUUUUUUUUUGGUGGGGUCUCCAAGGUUUUUUGGGGGGGAAUCCCCGGUAUUUUUUGGAGGAGGGUCUCUGAAUUUGUUUGUGGGACCUCCAAGGUUUUUGUGGGGGUCUCCAAGGUUUUUUUGGUGGGGUCUCCAAGGUUUUUGUGGGGGUCUCUCCAGGUUAUUUUCGAGGAGGUUUCCCAGAUUUUUUGUGGGGUCUCCAAGGCUUCUUUGGUGGGAUCUCCAAAGUUUUUUGGACACCCCAACUCUGUGUGACAACCCUGUGCCUCAGUUUCCCCACACAAACCGCCGUGCCUCCCACUCCCUCUCCAGCUGGGUGGCGACGAUGACAAAGGGACCAAAGUCCUUCCUCCACCACCUCCUCCGGCGACAGAACCUCCCUUGAGCAUUCUGUCCCCUGUCCCCUGCAGGGAUGUUCACCAAGAAACCCUACGACAGCGCCUACGGGCCACCCCCCGCCUCCUACGGGCCACCCACGGGUGACUAUGGCUACGAUUUCGGCGCCCGCUCGCCGCCACCGGGCUCCUACUACAUUGAGGACGUCCCUCAGCAUUUCUACAAGUGGUCGUCACCGCCGGGGCUGGUGCGGCUGCUGGAGGGCGCGGUGAUGCUGCUGUGCAUCGCCGUGUUCGCCUGCGUGGCCUCCACGCUGGCCUGGGACUACGGCUACGGCUACGGCGGCGUGCUGGGCACCGGCCUGGGCGGUUUCUACGGCUCCGGUUACUACGGCAGCGGGAUGAACUACGGCUACGGCUAUGGGGGAUACUACGGAGGCGUCACCAACCCGCGGGCGGCCAAUGGCUUCAUGAUCGCCAUGGCCGUGCUCUGCUUCCUGGCCCAGCUGGGGCUGUUGGUGGCCAGCUUGAGCAAGUCCAGCAGCUCGCGGUCGCGCCGUUUCUACCUGGUGGUCAUCGUGGUGUGCGCCGUGCUGGCCUUGGUGAUGCUGGUGGCCAGCAUCGUCUAUGUGGUGGGGGUGAAUCCGCAGGCACAGAUGAGUGGCGGGGGGUACUACUACAGCCCGCUGCUGGCCAUGUGCAGCCAGGUGUACGCCGGGGGCACUGUGCUCAACCAGUACCUGUACCACUACUGCACCGUGGACCCGCAGGAGGCUGUGGCCAUCGCCUGUGGGUUCCUGACUGUGCUCCUGCUGUGCCUCAUCUGCGUCCUGGCGCACAAAACGCGCAGCAAGAUCUGGAAAUACGGAAAACACAACAUUUACUGGGAUAAAAUCCCUGCCGAGCCCCAGGGACCUGACGUCGAGGAGUGGGUGAAGAACGUGUCGGGCGGGAUGAGCGUUCCGGACGAGGCCGCCACCGUCGCGUACUCGGAGAAGGGCGGGACCCCCGGGCCGGCCCCGCCCUACAGCCCCCCCUUGUACAGCGACCCCCCCCAGAAGGGCUGGAAAAGGUGGGGAGGGGGCGGCAGCGCCAGGUCCAGUGACGAGCGUGACAGCGAGCAGUGGCACAGGCUGUACCCCCCAAUCAGCUCCCCGGGCACACGGCAGCGCUACAAGGCGGAUUUCGGGCAGGAGCUGCGGCGCUACAAGGAGCUCUGUGCCCACAUGGACGGGCUCAAUGACCGCCUGGCACAGCUGGCAGCACAGCUGGACCAGGUGCCCGAGGACAGCGCCCAGUACCAGGCGCUGGCUGAGGAGUACAACCACCUCAAGGACGUGAAGAGGAGCCCGGAGUACCAGGACAAGAAGCGGGAAUCCAAAACCCUCCGGAACAAACUCUUCCACAUCAAAAGGAUGGUUAGCGACUACGACAAGCUCCGGGGCUGACCCCAAAGGCACCAUCCCCCAAAAAAAAGGGACAUUUGUAGGGGGGGACACCCCAAAACCCCACCCUCCAACCCCCUCCAAAGACUUUUGUGCCUUUUUUUGUCUUAAAAAAUUCCAAAAUUUCUCGUUUUGGGCCCUCCCCAGUGCCAAGGGUGGGGGGGGAUGAUGGCAGCUGUUGGUGUGACCCCGUCUCCACCCCAAGAUGUCCCCAGAUGUCCCCCACACCCUUCAGGAUCUCCCCCAGUGCCUUCCCCUGGUUGUAAAUAGGGUUUUUAUGGGGUUUGCACUCCCCUAGCUGCCUUAAAGGGGUUUUGGGGGUGCCAAAUUGGUGUUUGGGGGACAAAAAAAACUUUUUUGGGGUUUUUUCUGGGGGGAAGGAUGACCCAAAUCCCAAAAUAUUUUGUAGGGAAUUGGUGGGAUCUGUGGGAAUCGUGUAAUAUUUUAAUUGUUUUGUAAUAAAUUAAGUGUAAUUGUUGAUUUUCA